AGUCGCAGGUGCUUACGGUAUCACUGCUUUGCUCUGGAAAUUAAAAGUGGCGAUGUAGAACUUCAACAGAGAGCUGUGGAAUACGUCAGUUUGGCCACUCUUGUUCCUGAUGAGACUUUUCAAUCUGUUUUUGAGGAAAUGCCUACCUUUCCUGAGCGCGAAUCCGGCAUCUUAGCUAAGAUGAAAAGUAAAGGCGGUAAUCCCGAGCUUAGCGAAUUCAAAGGACCCGAUAGUAAUUUUGAGCUAUUCAGAGAGGGAGGGCUUUCCUAUGAGAAAAGAAAAAACGGAGAUAAAUAUUUCGAAGAAAAUGAUGCUCCAGUUCAUUUGUUGGGUUCGGAAAAGGGGCUUUUAUACCAAAACGGGACUCUACAUAUAUCCUUUGAACUUCAAACUAAUGGAUCAGUCUGCCAAGUGACACUGGGAAUCUUAAAUAAAACGAUGCUUCCUCUUCUUAAUUUUUCAGUUCAACCACUGGAACGCCUGAAUAUGCCUGCUUUGCGCUUCCCGCAAACCUUAUUUGUUCACCUUGAGCCUCGUGGCAGCAAAAAGUUAAUUGUCCAAUGCGAGUGCACAUCUCCUGAUAAUGAAUGCCCUAUAAUAGAAUUUUUUUACCAGCAUGAAGAGUUGAACAGAAAACUUUCAUUGACAUUGCCCGUUUUUUUAAGCACGUAUGGAACUCCGAUAGAAUUUAACAAAAAUUUGUUCUCGCAAAAAUGGUUGCAACUAGAAAGUCCAGCUGCUGAGACUGUUAAUAUAUUUCUCCCUUGCUCUAAUUUCACAGCUGAGGAUCUUGAAACUAAAAUUACAAGUAUGAAGUUUUCUGUUCUGCACAAUAUAGACAUCAAUCCAAACAAUAUCUUCUGUGCGAGUGUUGUUUUCUGUAAGAAACUUCAAAUAAGCGCAUUACUAAGGCUGGAACCAAACUACGAAGGCAAUAAAUACCGCCUUACUAUCAGAACCUCUCAUCCGGAGGCCACAAGAAUUCUCUCGAGGCUAAUUAAAAUUCGCUUUCAGUUACCAAAUUAUCUUAAUAAAGAAAUUUAA